GUUCAAGCUAAAUGUUACCAGCUUCUCCUCUCAGUCUUCCAACAUUCCAAUCGCGCCCUUUCAACUCCUUAUAUCCAUUCAUUAGCUCCAAUAGUGGUUGAAAAGCUAAAAGCUGUUGAAAGAAACAGACCAGCCAAUAACACAGAACUUUUAGCUGUUCAAGAAGGAAUCAAAGUUCUUGAAACAUUGGUUGCUCUUGGUGAAGAACAAAACAGAGUCCAAUUACUUGCUCUCUUAGUUCCCACUUUAAUCUCCUACCUGCUGGAUGAAAAUUCUUUUGCCUCAGCAAGUUCAGCUUCCAAAGACCUUCAUGAGUUUGCACUCCAGAAUUUAAUGCAUAUUGGACCUUUAUAUCCACAUGCUUUCAAGACAGUAAUGGGGGCUGCUCCUGAGUUGAAAAUACGCCUAGAAACUGCUGUUCGAGCAAGCCAAGCUAGCAAAGCUAAAGCAGCUGCCAGACAGCCAGCCCCUACCAUACAUUCUGCACCAACAAUUAAGCUAAAAACAAGUUUCUUUUAAUUUUUUCUUCCAUUCAUUUUUAUUUAUGUUGUCAGCUAGCUCCUAAUUAGUGAAAGCCACUGUAUCAUCCCAGGCUAUGGAUUCUGUUUUAUUUGUAUAUUGGUGUUAGAGUGCUUCCAAGUAGUUUAAGUGAAAUAAUGUUCACACCACUUAUUGAUUUUUAAGGAGUGAUUUUUUUAUCAUGUGAUGAAUUUGUUUUCAUUUUACCCCUAAUAAUGUUUCUCUUUUAUUAAUUAAUUUAUUUUUUAAACACUGAGCCAUAGUCUUUUAAAUUUAAAUGCUAAAAACAUAAUUGUAUCAUGUAGUCAGGCAGCCUAUUGAUAUUGUCAGGGAAAAAAAUAGGUCAGAAUUCAGCAUUUGUUAUGAAAAAAUUCAACUGAAAAACAAGCAGAUUUUAAAUUUUGAAGUAACCAAAAUAAUGGAAAGUAUCUGUUUUAUGAUGUAUAUACUAUGAAUAAAAUCACAACAUUUUCUAA